CCGCCUUCCCGCUUCCUGCGCUCCGCUUCCUGCGCUCCCGCCUGCCGCCUUCCCGCUUCCUGCGCUCCGCUUCCUGCGCUCCCGCCUGCCGCCUUCCCGCUGCCCGGCCAUGCCGUUCUCGGCGCAGCCGCCCGCCAGCGGCGAGCGCUACGCGCUGUCCGCCAGCCUGGACAAUGCCCGGCACCUGUCCAGCCUCCUGCGCGCCGUGCACUUCCAGGACCACGCCACCUGCCUCGCCACGGCCAGCGGGCUGCGCGUCACCGUGGAGGAUGCCAAGUGCAUCCAGGCCAACGCCUUCAUCCAGGCAGAAAUUUUUCAGGAAUUUUCUGUUCAGGAGGAAUCUGUGAUGUUCCGGAUCAGUUUGUCUGUUCUUCUGGACUGCCUCACCAUUUUUGGAACCAGCUCCUUGCCAGGAACAUCAACGGCCCUUAGAUUGUGUUACCGUGGUUAUGGGAAUCCUCUGAUGCUGUUCUUGGAGGAAGGAGGAGUAGUAACAGUGUGCAAAAUCAACACUCAAGAACCUGAGGAGUUGUUAGAUUUUGAUUUCUGCAGUACAAAGGUUGUUAAUAAAAUUAUCCUGCAGUCGGAGGGACUGCGAGAGGCAUUUGCUGAACUGGAUAUGACCAGUGAAGUUCUGCAGAUUACCAUGUCUCCAGAUAAACCCUACUUCAGGUUAUCCACUUUUGGAAAUGCUGGAAGUGCACAUCUAGACUAUCCUAGGGACUCUGAUUUGAUGGAAGCAUUUCACUGUAACCAGACCCAGACAAACAGGUACAAGAUUUCUUUGCUUAAACCGUCCACAAAGGCACUGGCUUUGUCUUGUAAAGUGUCCAUUCGAACAGAUGCUCAAGGAUUUCUUUCACUGCAGUAUAUGAUUAGGAAUGAAGAUGGACAGAUCUGUUUUGUGGAGUACUAUUGUUGCCCUGAUGAGGACAUCACUGAAGCAGAACUGUAGGUGUGUGUGCUGGCAUCUGUAAUAUAUUUUUGGUUAUAAAAUAUUAUAUUUUUUUACAAAACUAAAUGAAAGCUGUAAAGUUUGAUAGAGUUAAUAUUGUCUUUAUUUUUUAACUCUGGAAUAAGAAAGCUGAAAACUUUCAUUUUCUUCCACUGCAAACAUUCCUUAGCCUUUACUCAAACUGAAGCUGAAAAAGCAGAAAGGGGAGUUGAUGUCCUAUAGACACUGCUUCCAACACAGAUGUUAAAGUACUGUUUGUGUAAUACAUUGAUGCUUUUUGCAGUGUUCUCCAAGAAUUUUUAUUUGUGUUACAUUUUUUGUCUUUGGCUUCUAGUAAGCAAUUACACAGGGGAAAAUCUGAAUACUAGUUGUAUAUUAGCCAGAUAACUUUCAGUGACUUAAAACCAAAUUUGUCCUGAAAGAGAACAACAUUUUCAAACAGAUCUCUUAAUAGCAGCAGGUGGUUUCUUGCUGGCAAAUGCUGACAUGUUUUGUCAGUGAAGCCACUAGGCUUCUCCUCAUCUUGAUUAAUUCUUUAUAUAACUCAAUUCCUUGGAAUUCCACCUGACACCAAUUUACCAUUUUGUCUGCAAACUGACAUUGAAUUGGUAAAUUGAUAUAGAAGCCAGGAUUUACUUACUCAUUACUCAUAACUGGUCUGGCAAUGUCAUUGUUUUGGGUCAAUCGUUUAUUACACAUCUGCAAGAAUGCUGCACUGAACUGUUUCUGUGUAUUCAUGUCCCGGUUCCUAUUCUGCGGCUCUCUACUGGCGGUGUGAAGAAUUGUAAGAGAGAAAAGUUUCAUAAUGAAAAUUUUUCAUGAAAUUCAUUUGCCUUCUCAGUAGCCACUUUCAGCACCAGCAGUCGCUGCUAAACUGCAGGAGGGGAAUAUUUGCCUGUGUCCCAUGGAGUGGUGUAUUCAAAUCACUGGUCAAAAUGGGGCUGACCUCAUGCUCACUGAAAGGAGAGUGUGGUUCCUGGGCAGUUUUCUGCAGUGUCCCACCUCCAGAACAGCAGAUGGGCUGUGUUUAGGUCAAAAGUCCACCUGUCCUUUCACACCAAGCAGCCUGCUCAGAACGGGAAGUGCCUGGGAGCAGCCAGGCACUGGACUGGAAGCAGAAUCUGCAGAUCACACACAGAGACUGAGCCCUGCCUGCCUCUCUGCUGUGGGAUGUGAUCAAAGAGUCAGCAAUCUGCAGGUGGUUUCUGCAGCUUUAGACUCUGGUCAAGUUUUGUUGUCUGUCAGAUGAGGUCUUGCUUUGUUUUCUAUGGAAAACAGUGUUCAUGUUACCAAGGUUAUUGCUCCACAAGUCGACAGAAUCCUUUGGGUUUAAGUUUAAAAUGUUUUUGUGGAUAAUUUUUCACCUCUUGCUUAUGCCAGCAAGAGUAUACUUUUGGAAUACACAGUGUUAUCUGUUCACUUUUGUUGUUUUUCGUGCAAAUCACACAUUUAUUGCAAUAAAGUUUACAAUAAAGUUAAUUGAAAUUUAUAAAAAAUUACAAAUUUUUGAACUACAAGGCUGACAUAAGAUGCCUAAUAUUCUAAAUUACUCUUAUUCACUGGGGUUUUUUUCCAAACUAAAAUAUACCCAAGACAAGUACAAAUUAACUUCCUUCUGGCUUACUUUGUCAAUUUCUUCAAUGAAAAAAAGGUUAUGGUCUCAUUGUGGGAAUUAUUACUAUUAUCCCUGACUACUGAAUAUCAAAGAUGAUUUACAUAAUCCCUGGGUGACAGGAUAAAAAUGAAGCAGAACACACCAGUUUCUUGGUGUGAUUUAUUUUAGAAUAUCCAAGUUUCUUGUAUUGUGUUCAGGAAUUGUGGCUUAACAUUUGAAUUUUUAUAUAAUUGCCUACAGAUGUAUUGUGUUCCUUCUUGUAAUAAUACUUUUAAUGAUUUCUUCUGUGGCCUACCAACAGUAAUCAUAGAAGCAAUACUCUUAGAAGUUAGAACACCACAAAAUACCAGAAAAUAACUUGCAUUUAGUAAGUAUUAGAUAUUUAAAACACAUAUGGUUUGUGCAGGAGUUAAUGUCUGUACCCCAAACGGGCUGAGUCCUGGCCUGGGCUACCACAGGAAGGGAGGUGCUUGUGCACUUUUGGAUACGGUUUUAGGGAGACAAGAACAUGGGAAAUCUGGGCUACAGACUUGGUGCUGAAAGGCAGUGAAUUGAUUUAGGAUCCAUCUGUGAUGUAUUCAAUUACAAUUUUGGCAUUCAAGCACAGUAAAAUAAAAAGGGUGAAGAGGAGGAUGGCGACUAAAAAGGCACUGCAUCUUUUUGACCUAGUAAGUCACUUAAAUUCUGCAGAUAUCCACUGCUGCAUUAGAUUUCCUGCUACACUUUGCAUGGAUCCAGAACUCUGGUUACCUUUAGUACAUUUUGUCUCUGCUAUUUAACAAGACCUUUCCCCUUGCAGACUACAGGAAACCUGCUGCAGAAGAAACGUUCAGCUCAUAUUUUUUCUUUUGUAGUGUCACAGAAGAGGCUUGUCAUAACUCAGAUUUUGCCCAUCUGCUUUCUUAAAAUGGUGCAUGCAAGUACUCAGAAUUGUAAAGUAAAGUAAACCAGUUCUGGGUUGGCAGCUGUCACCAGUCCCUUCUACCCAGUUUCAGCUGUGGUAGGUAAUGCCUGGCAGCGAUGAUGGACGGCACUGGGGGCUGUGGGCAUCCCACAUCCAGAGGCCACAAAACUGACAAGUGAUUUUCCCUCCAAUUAUUUUUCAUUUGUGAUUUUCAGAGCAGGAACUGACUUCAGAUCAAGAAGGCACUUUGAUUCUACCAGAAAACUACUGCAAAUAGGCCCAGGGUCCCCACCAGUCCUCAAAGAUUCCAGAAUUCAAAUUAAUGCAUUUGGCUCCUGACAGUCUUUAUGCAAAAAAACACCCACAGUGCUGGUGCUACUGUUAUCUCCUGCCUCCCAACAUGUUGAAUUUUUGUGUCUCCUUGGCUUUGUACAAUGAUUGGGAUCUGUAAAGCAAAAAAUUCUCCAGGAGGAAUUCAGUUCUAUACCUCUGUUUCAAAGUUAGUGGUGGGAAAGAAUCACUGGUUUAGUUGUUUAUUAUUUAUUUACACAUGGAUUUACAAGGAAAUAGUACUCUUGUAUACUUGACUAGAUGAGUCUUUAGUGAGGUUAGUGGAGCAGCUGGAAAAGCUGAGAUAAGCCAUAUGCUGUUUCCUGUAGGUGUCUGUUUUUAGCCUCGUUUUGUAGCAGCUUGAAGAAUCCAGCAGGUGGGUCUUACCAAAAUAAAUACUUAGAAACUGUGUAGUAGCACUAAGCAGUGCUUUUGCUGAACAGUAACAAUAAAGAACACUAACAUUAAACUGAGCCAAUACAGAAUUAUUUUUAAAAUGCUGGUAUUACAGAAUAGUCACUUGAUGACUUCUUGUUGAGAGAAAAACUCAUUUUUAUGUGAAUCUCUUUGGGCGGGCGGGGCAGGACUACUUAGGUAUAAAUGGAAGAGAUAAAAGGUGGGUUCAACCUCUUUCUACCCUGCUUCUGCCCUUAGCUGGGUCUAAGGGUAACCGGGCAGUGUAUUAGCAUUGGGACAGCUAAUUGCAAGGGCUCUUCCAGGCAGAGAGUGUUGGAGGGGAUGCAGUCGGGUGCCCCACACAGCUCUGAUUUCCAUGGCGUGAAGAGUGGGCUUGAAUAUCCACCAUGACUGUGAAUGACUGUGAACGUCAAUCUGUGUAAGUAUUCUGGAGGAAUGCAUCCAAGGGAGCCAAGAAAGUGCUGAAAAAAAGAGCUGCAUUGCCCAGGAAAAGCUUCCCUUUUGUAAUACCAUUG